AUGCUGUUGACCAGGAGAUUAUGGCUUCUGCCAUCCCUAGCCAUAUGUUUGUUGCUCUACUACGCCUACCACCACCUGAGAACGCCGUUGAUCAUACCUAUUUCGCCGAAUGCUCGACUACAAGUUCGACCAGAGAGACACCCUGUCACAAGCCUUGCUCAGCUUCCUUCAGGUCCUGCCAAACAGCUUCCACGUAUACAGCAUGUCUUCGAUUCCGAGACCGAGGCCCAGAGAAACGAAAGACUUGAGAGACUUGCGACAAUCAAGCAUGCGUUCGACCACUCGUGGCAAGGUUACAAGAAGUUUGCUUGGAAGCAAGACGAGGUCGCUCCUCUGUCAGGGAUAUAUCGCAAUCCGUUCGGUGGAUGGGGAGCAUCUUUAGUAGAUGCCAUGGGAACAUUGUGGAUCAUGGGUCUGAAGGAAGAGUUCGAGCUAUGCACUGAGGCUAUUCGAGACAUUGAUUUCACAACCAAUACGGAGGAGUACAUCAACGUUUUCGAAACCACGAUCCGUUACCUUGGAGGUUUCUUGAGCGCCUACGAUCUAUCUGACCAUAAGUACCCUAUCAUCCUCGAAAAGGCCGUCGAACUCGCAAAUAUCCUCUAUAUCACUUUUGACACGCCUAAUAGACUACCGGUCACUAGAUGGUAUUGGAGGCAGUCGGCCUCUGGUGCAGCUCUGCAAGCUAGCAAGAAUACUCUUCUGGCCGAAUUCGGCAGUAUGACCCUCGAAUUCACGAGAUUGGCACAGCUUACUGGGGACGCCAAGUGGUUUGAUGCCGUUGAAAGAAUUACAAAACUGUUGUACAAGGACCAGGUUAAUACAAAGAUCCCAGGUCUUUGGCCGACCCUCGUAGACGCCGAACAUGCCACGUUCACCUACAACCACUUCACCCUAGGUGGUAUGGCUGACUCGACCUCCGAGUACCUACCCAAGCAGUGCAUGCUCCUUGGUGGCUUGGACGAACGUUAUCGUGACAUGUACAAGAAAAUGGUUACUGCUGCCAAAAAGUUCCUCUUUUACCGACCUCUCGUUCCUGGCAACCAGGAUAUUCUCUUUAGUGGUAAUGCUGCCUUGGACGAGCAGCUCAACGUCAAUACUGAGCCUCAGGGUCAGCAUCUAACCUGCUUCACAGGCGGCAUGGUUGGUAUUGCUGCAAGAAUAUUCGACUCACCCAAUGACCUAUCUGUGGCGAGACGGCUGGUGGAUGGCUGCGUUUGGGCCUACAAUUCGACACCUACAGGUCUCAUGCCCGAAACGUUCCAUAUCGCGCCAUGUCAUUACGGCAUCGAUGAUGCUCUGGCCAAUGAAUGUGACUGGUCAGAGGAAAGAUGGUUGGAGGCUGUCGCUAGGCAAAACGGUACCUCCAAGCCCAGUCCUGGCAAGACGUUGUCGGAGCUCGGCAAGGAGAUUGUCAAGGAGCACUCACUGACACCAGGGUAUACCAAGUGGGGUGACAACCGAUAUAUCCUGCGUCCUGAAGCGAUCGAAAGCGUUUUCAUUCUAUAUCGCCUUACUGGGGACCGCGAAUAUCUCGAUACUGCAUGGCGAAUGUGGAACAGUAUUGAUAAAGUUUGUAGAUCAGAAAUCGCAUACGCUGGUCUAUCGAAUGUUGGCGUCAAACCACCUGCUCAAAGUGAUAGGAUGGAGUCAUUCUGGCUCGCUGAAACCUUGAAAUACUUCUAUCUAAUCUUCUCGGAGCCCAACGACUGGAGUCUAGACGACUGGGUUCUGAACACUGAAGCACAUUUUCUGCGACGACCAAGAGCCGGAGAGUCUUUGUCUAGGCCAUUGGUGUGA